CAAAUGAGCUAAACCUUGGCGCAAUCUCUAUCUAGUUGAAAUAAUGCUGCAUAAUUCUUUAACUCACAUCACCCCACAAACGGCGGUUAGCUUCCCCGUCGUUCUCCGGCAGCAUGCAGAACAGCCACCGCCACUUGUUAGAAGCUGCGGUCGGCUUUCGCAGUGGUCGCUGCCGCCGGUGAGGAGCUCUGCAACCGUUGCUUUUAUUAACAAAAUUGGAGGUGGCAAAGGGAUGAGUUGGUUUCAUGAAGUGGAACAAGAAGUUCGCGAGUAUGAAUUGGAUCAGUUCGGAGUUGUGAAUAAUGCUGUAUAUUCCAAUCUUUGUGAAGAUGCUACGUACAAACUUCUUGAUGAGAUCGGUUUUGAUGCUGAUAUAAAGUUAGCAGUGUCUGAAGUGACAAUCAAAUACAUCUCACCUCUAAAGAGGAAAGAUAGAUACGUGCUAAAAUUGAGGUUAUAUGACUAUUCCACUACCCGAUUCUUCUUUGAAGACCAAGUCCUCAAGCUACCAGAUCACGAGCUUGUUGCAUGCGGUAAGGCCACAUUAGUGCUACUAGACGGGAGACUACGUCCAUCUCGUAUCACACCUGCCAUGAUUUCCAAACUCAACCAAUUCCUUCAAACACACACCAACUGAUGCUGCAUUUAUUAUUAUUUUUGACCACAUGCUCGCAUUUUAAUAAACUCGGAUUUUGUUAUUUGUAUUUCUUCUUCUUAGUCGGAUAUUGUAUUUUUUUUGUGUUGUUCUAUGCUGCCGGAGACUUUUAAUUUCACUAGCAAAACUUACGUCCAUUCGGAGAAAAAAAAUAAUAAUAAAUUGUUUCUGUAAGUAUA